CUCGUCUGCUAAACCUCUCGCUGCUCCUCUGUUACCACCGCCUGCAAACCCUCUCCAUUGGAAGCAAGUGAAGAGAUGCGAUGAGUCAAACGCAAAGGGGCUUUCUAUUCGUUUCCACAUGUCCAUCUUCCUUCUUCCGUGAAACUUCUUCUUGUUCAGCUGCGUAUCUUCGACCCUUCAUGGCCAAGUUGCAGUGCCGGGCACCUCAGGAUUAUUCAGCCUUUCACUUGCCUUCUCCUUCACAAUUUGGUUCUUUCCAUAUAUACAGACAAUGUUCUCAGCUUCGAUUAAAGAAACCCAUGGUGUCAUCCAUGAUCUCUAGCAACCGUUCGAAGAUUCCACAAUGCCUUGUUGAUGGGCCUAGGAGUAUUACUGAUGUUCACUCCUCUUUAAUACCUGGAUGUUUUAUUCGCCCUGCUUCUCCUUUGAAUAGCAUAAGUUCUUGGUCUUUGAACAUGGUUAACGCUCGUAGCUCACAUGAUUAUGUAGCUUUUGCCAAGCGUCAUUUUUCUCAAGUCUCGAGGGUAAAGAAACAGAAUAAAAAUUUUGGUGGCGUUGAUCAACAUCGGAAGCAGUUGAAUGCCCAUGUCAAUAAGAGAGCUACUUCUAGUUCUGGUAUUUCAGCCUCCAAUGAGGUCAAUGCCAUGACAUCCACUGAAGGGAAGGUUGGAGAUGUGAAGUUGGGAUCCUGCGUUUCAACAUCCCCUGUGAGCAAUAAUAACCCAAACUCCAAAGUGAGUGGAAGAAAGAAGAAGCAAACAAGAACCAAAACUGCAAAGAAGCAACCUUCUAGCAUCAUUGCCUCAGAUACAGAAUCUUCUGAAGCAAAAAGUCCCACAGAAGAAUUAGAGAAGAAAUUAACUGUGAAGAAGUCCAAGCAAUUGUUUGGUGAUUCUGCUUCAGCAAAAAAGCAGUCCAACAAGAAAAGUAGAAACCCUAAUGGAAAGGGCAAAUCUUUGAAAACAAUUAGUGAAUCAGCAGGGAAACAAAAGCCUCAAAUAGUGGGCAAACUGAAUCCUUUGACACAAGGGACGCCAAAGCAAUUUUAUCCUCCUAUUGGAAAAUCUGUCCUGGUGGUUGAGUCCGUUACAAAGGCAAAGGUCAUUCAGGGUUACCUUGGAGACAUGUUUGAAGUUUUGCCUAGCUAUGGUCAUGUGAGGGACUUGGCUGCAAGGUCUGGAUCUGUGCGGCCUGAUGAUGACUUUAGUAUGGUAUGGGAGGUUCCUUCUGCCGCCUGGACUCACCUUAAGAGCAUCAAGGUUGCACUAUCUGGAGCAGAAAAUCUCAUACUUGCAUCAGAUCCUGAUCGUGAAGGAGAGGCAAUUGCUUGGCAUAUUAUUGAGAUGUUGCAACAACAAGAUGCUUUACGUCAAGGGAUUUCUGUGGCAAGAGUUGUCUUUCAUGAAAUAACUGAGGAGUCCGUUAAAAAUGCUUUGCAAGCUCCAAGAGAAAUUGAUUUGAAUUUGGUCAACGCUUACCUUGCACGGCGUGCUAUUGAUUAUUUAAUUGGAUUCAAUAUUUCACCAUUAUUAUGGAGGAAAUUACCAGGUUGCCAAUCAGCUGGGCGUGUUCAAUCUGCUGCAUUAUCUCUUAUAUGUGACAGGGAAAUGGAAAUUGACGAAUUUAAGCCACAAGAGUAUUGGAGUAUUGAGGGUGAAUUCUGCACAAAAGAUACGAACUCUUUGGUGAAUACUCACCUGACGCAUUUUGACUCUAAAAAGUUGAACCAACAUUCAAUUAGUUCUCAUACAGAGGCAAAAGAUAUUGAACAGAAGAUAAAUUUUGCAAGUUUUCAAGUUGCUGGUGCUAAGGAAAGCAAAAUUAGAAGAAAUCCUCCUACACCUUACAUAACGUCAACACUUCAGCAGGAUGCAGCAAACAAAUUACAUUUCCCUUCAAUGUACACAAUGAAGCUUGCACAAAAACUUUAUGAAGGGGUUCAGUUAUCUGAUGGAAAGGCAACAGGUCUGAUAACAUACAUCAGAACAGAUGGACUACAUAUUUCUGAUGAAGCUGUUAGGGAAAUACGUUCUUUGGUGAUUGAAAGGUAUGGCCAAGAUUUUGCAUCUGGGAGCCAACGAAAAUAUUUUAAAAAGGUGAAGAAUGCUCAAGAGGCCCAUGAAGCAAUUCGACCCACCAAUAUUCAGAUAUUACCAUCAAUGCUUGUGAAUGUACUUGAUGAAGAUUCCUUGAAGUUAUACACUCUUAUUUGGUCUCGAACAGUGGCGUGCCAAAUGGAACCUAGUACCACCGAGCAGAUUCAAGUUGACAUUAGUAAUGCUGAUGGGUCAAUUACUCUCAGAGCUGCAUGCUCAAGAGUUGGGUUUCUUGGCUAUCAGGCAGUUUAUGAGGAUAUUGAGGCUGGAGCACCAAGACACAAGGAAAGCGCAGUGUAUGAACGUCAAGAAACCUUUGCAAUUCUCAAGUCACUGAAGCCAGGGGAACUUUUGAAUCUUGGUGAAGUCAAACUUGAGCAGCACUUUACCCAGGCUCCUCCACGCUACUCUGAAGGAUCAUUGGUUAAGAAGAUGGAAGAACUUGGCAUUGGAAGGCCUUCAACUUAUGCGAGCACUUUGAAAGUUUUACAGGAUAGGAAGUAUGUGACAGUAAAAAGCCGGGUGUUGCAUCCAGAAUUUCGUGGUCGCAUGGUGUCAGCAUUUCUCUCUCACCAUUUUACUGAGGUUGCAGACUACAGCUUUACUGCUGAUAUGGAGACUGAGCUUGAUAAUGUCUCUGCUGGCUUAACUGAAUGGAAAGGCCUUCUCAGAGAUUACUGGACACGAUUUAGGUCAUAUUGCAGUCGUGCUGAAAGUGUCCAUAUCCAUCAGGUGGAAAAGAUGCUCGGGAAGACAUUUGGGGAUUUUUUGUUUGGUUCACUCCCUGAUGACAAAAAGACAUGUCCUAGCUGUCUGGAAGGCGCUUUGAUCUUCAAAGUAAGUCGGUAUGGUGCAGGCUACUUUAUAGGUUGUGAUCAACACCCAAAGUGCAAGUAUAUUGCCAAGACAAUAUAUGGUGAUGAAGAAGAAGAAGAAGAAACUCCUCGAAACAAUGCUGUGGAGGAACCGAAGUUGCUUGGCGUUCACCCAGUUUCUAAUGAAAAGGUUCUCUUGAAGAAUGGUCCUUAUGGAUUCUAUGUACAGCUUGGUGAAGACAGUAAGGGUUACACGCCAAAAAGAGCCUCGGUUUCUCAUAUAAAGGAUGUGGAUGGUAUUUCACUGGAAGAUGCUUUGGAGUUGCUACGUUAUCCUGUGACAUUGGGUAAUCAUCCAAAGGAUGGGUAUCCCGUGAUACUAAGAUUUGCAAAGGCUGGACUUGCUGUUAAGCAUCGACGGACAAUUGCUUCAGUUUCCAAGAAUAUGAAGCGGGACGACAUCACCUUGGAGAAAGCGUUGGAGCUUUUAUCAAGUAAAAAUGUGAGGCGAUGUGGCCGGCCUAAGAAGGUUAAGGAAGUGGCAGAGGUUUUAUAGCAUGGUAAAUCGGUUCUUGUGCCAAUGACUUGAUACAAUCAGUUGCGUUCAAGUAACAACAAAUUUCACAUGGGCAUGGAGGGAUUCUUGUUACUAGAAGAGUUCUAUAAUAUGAAAACAAAGCAAUUUUGUAAGGUCAUCCCUUUUUAUGUUGUUGUUAUUAUUAUUUAUUUAUUUAUUUAUUCUCUUUUUAUUUUAUUUUAUUUUUUGAGGGCGAAGGGGGAGGGAGGAGGUGGUUUCCAUAUUUACAGGGCAAGUUUUCAUUCGAAUUUUAGGUAAAAUAUUUUGUGCAGUUUGCAGUCGAUUGGUGGAACAAUACGUGUACUGGAUUAAUCUUUUUGUUUGAACUUUGAAGACAUUGUAUUAUCAAACCAUGUGAUAAAACAGAACACUAAAAAAAAGCCAAUGAGCGUUGUGAAA